UGGUGACAUGAAAUCAAAGAAUGUGAGGUUACCCCGCACGAUCAUCCAACCCCAAACACAUCAUCAUCAUCAUCUGGUGGCGCUAUCCCCAACCAGUCGACACUAGAAAGGGGCCACCUGUCAAUAGUCUCCUGUACGGAGGACCCUGAUGGACGGAGUAUACGUCGAUGUAUAUGUACAGGUACAUAUACCAAUCCUUGUCAAACACACUAUCCUAUAAUUUAUAUCUUACACCACUACUAACCUUGUCUACCAUCCUAUCUAGUUAUCUACCAGGUACCUAUAAGUACCUGGUACUAAGGAGUACUAAGAAGUACGUACUCAUUGAUUUACAUCAUACACUCAACACCAACAACACCCCAAACAACAACACCACCACAUCACACCAUAACACCACACUACAAUCCCACCUAUCACAUCCAUAUCUCCUCAUAUGCACUCGACCCGACCAAGACGAAACGGAUCCUUCCCCGACCAUCAACCGGACUAGUAUCAUACUAACUAUCUCUCUCCUCUCCUCAGGAUCAACACAACAACAAAAGGUCGGUUGGAGUCCCCAUGACGAUCCUCCACAUUCCCUCACUCCAUCCUCCCCACUUAUGUACGCAGGAGAAGUAUGUAUAUGUAUCAUCUGUAAAGGAAGACAGGGGGCGGGGAAAUGACAAAAGAAAAGUUAGUUGUGCUUCCAACUCUCUGUCCUCAAAGUAAUUCAAACCCAGUUGGUUAAGGUAGUGGUUACAAUUGAAUUGAAUCUGUGAAUCUGACUGAUUAAACUCAUUAAACUCAUUGAACUCAUUAAUUUCAUCAAAAUGAUAUAAAAUAAUAAUAAACC